AUGACGAGUUGCGUAGCGGAGCAUCAGUUGCUGGAACGACGUCAUCACUGUCGGCGCUGCCGACGCCAUCCCACUUCUUUUGCUUCCUCGCCCUUUGCGUUUCCUCGUUGGAGUCGCUGUCAAGCGGUGAUGCUCUCCGUUGGCCGGGCCCAUGAGGCUCAGACUCCCGUCAUCAUUUGGCGUGAAUUUAUUUGGCGGCUGACUGCCACCGCGAUGACUCUGGGUCCAGCUAAUGAAUGUUUGCAAAAAGUAUCGCCCCAUUAUCGCAAGACCAGUGGUGGAGAUGCGGGGCUGCUCUUUGAUGUGAAGGAUGCCGGCAUUAUGAAGACCACGCUUAAGGCUCGCAGUAGGUAA